CUUGGUUUCCCGCAAGCUCCCGGCUAAGCACUUGCUGCGGGUCCCAAGUACAGGCUGAAAUAUGUCGGAGAUCCUGUGCCAGUGGCUCAACCAGGAUCUGAAGGUGUCCCAGACCGUGACUCCGAAGUCAUUUGCAAAGGCAUUUUCCAGUGGCUAUCUAAUUGGAGAAGUUCUACACAAGUUUGAGCUUCAGGAUGACUUUUCAGAAUUUUCAGAAAGCAGGGUUUCAAGCGCCAAGCUUAAUAACUUUUCUCGCUUGGAGCCAACACUUCAUCGUCUGGGUGUGCAGUUUGAUCAGAACAUAGCCCACAGCAUCAUCACAGAAAAGCCUGGGGUAGCAACAAAACUUCUGUAUCAAAUGUACAUUGCUCUUCAGAAAAAGAAAAAAAGUGGACUGACUGGAGUGGAAAUAACAAGUGUGCAACCCCUGGCAAGUGUAAAACUUCAAAACAUGAAAAGUGAGGCUUUUCGAGAUAGACUUAGAAACCUGAUACCACGCCAAACUGAUUUUAGUCUGAUGCAGGUUUCACACAGGUUCCAAGAAAAAUAUAAAAAGAAGGAAGAGCUUGACCACAUGCAUUUUGAGAAAUUUGAAAAAGUUCAGAAAUUCAAGGAAGAUCAAAGAUGUGUUGAUGUCAAAAAGCAACGCUUGAGCAAAAGAAGGCAAAAUGAAAUAAUGGCCCAAAUUCAAGCAGCUAUCAUACAGAUUCCCAAACCUGCACCAAGUCGUGCUUUCAAAGCACUUGAGGCCCAAAAACUGAUGAAAAAGAAAAAGGAGGCUGAGGAUGUGGCCAAUGAGAUUAAGAAGUUUGAGGCAUUAAUUAAAAAGGAUCUCCAGGCCAAAGAAAGUGCAUCCAAGCCUCCUUUAGAUACAUCAGGUCAGACAGCAACUGAUUUGUUAAACACUUACUCGGAUGAUGACUACAUUAAAAAAAUCCAAAAGCGUCUAGAAGAAGAUGCAUUUGCAAGAGAGCAAAGGGAGAAAAGACGGAGAAGACUAUUAAUGGAUCAGCUAAUAGCCCAUGAAGCACAGGAGGAGGCUUAUCGCGAGGAGCAGCUGAUUAACCGGCUGAUGCGCCAGUCCCAGCAGGAGCGCAGGAUUGCGGUGCAGCUCAUGCACGUUCGUCACGAAAAGGAAGUUCUAUGGCAAAACAGAAUCUUCAGAGAGAAACAGUACGAGGAAAGACGGCUGAAAGAUUUCCAGGAUGCUCUUGAUCGAGAAGCGGCUUUGGCAAAACAAGCCAAGAUGAAUUCCGAAGAACAAGCCCUAAGAGAGAAGGAAGUUCACGAUAAGAUUUCAGUGGAAAGAGCCCAGGCUCGCUAUGAAAAACAUUAUUCAUUUUGUGCUGAAAUUUUGGAUCAGAUACUUGAUCUGUCUACCAAAGUGGCAGAUUAUCGAAUGUUGACAAAUAAUUUGAUUCCAGAGAAGAUGAUGCAUGAUUGGAAGGAGCUGUUUUUUAAUGGAAAGCCCAUAUAUGAGCAAGCUUCUCUUAAGCCUCUGCAAACUAAACUCACUGGAGAUCAACUAAUAGAAAUGGAGAAAAGAGACUUAUUGGACAAAAAUGAUUUUGAUGACUAUAAGAACUUGCAUGGAGAAUGGACUGUAUCAGAAGAGUUGGCUGAUAAUUUACCAGCCUCCAACAACUCCAUAUUGGGUCAUAUCAUUCACAGACUGAUUGACAAAUCUCUUCCUUCUAAAACUGAAUCAAAAAUGCCUGAAUCACCUUCAUUUGCUUUGAAAGGGUGUUUAUUGGGGAAAACUUUCAGUGGAAAAACUACUGUUCUGAAGUUUCUACAAAAAGAAUUUCCUAUUCGUGUACUUUCUAUUGAUACUCUUGUCCAAGAAGCUAUCCAAGCCUAUCAUAACAAAGAAACGGUCAUUAUGGACCAAUCAGCUGAGAAAGAAUCAGAGGAAAUCAUGUUGACCAUUCCUCCAGACAGUGGUAAAAAUGCCGAGCAUUCUUCAAAUGAAUUUUCAGCUAAUUCCUUAUCAAACGAGUCAUUAAAAAUUGAAGACAAAACACUUAGUAAGAAUGGACAAAAAACACCAAAAGAUAUAGAAGUCAAACCCAGUGAAACCACGUCUUAUUUCAGUGUGCGGGCUAACCUUGGCGAAAAAUCAGAAAAUAUGCUGAAGAAAGGAAAGAGCAUUCCUGAUAUUUUGCUAGUCAGCAUCAUGGCAAAUGCUAUACAUCAGAUACCCAUGAAUCAAGGCUGGAUCCUUGAUGGUUUUCCAAUGACAUUAAACCAAGCAAAGCUUCUCGAAGAAGCUCUCACAGGCUACAGCAGAUCCCUCCAAGAACAAGAAACAGAAAGAUCACAAACAUCUGUUUUGGCUGUUGAUCCUGCAAGCUCCAAAGAAGUGAUUCCUCAACCUUCAGCAUUUGAUUUUGUGUUGCUGUUAAAUGUCUCUGAUAGUUGCUCACUAAGUCGCAUGAAUCAGAACAUGGCUGAACCUGAUUUAAAAAAAUCUCCUCAAGAAGAUAUCAAUCAACGUACAGCUGCUGAAAAGCAAGAUGAAGAUGGAGACAAGAAUUUAAGAGCCCAAAUACAGCAUAGAAUUGUAGGCUUCUUGGACAACUGGCCUUCAUUGGAGCAAUGGUUUACAGAGCCAAAAAAUAUUUUGAUACCAGUUAAUGCUGAAGUAGAUGAACAGUCAUUAUGCAAAAAAGUAAAAGAAAUAUUUAUGACUGAAAUGGUGAAGAAACAGGAUGAAGUUAAGGCAUACUUAGAAAGAAAGGAAAAUGAGCUGAAAGAAGUUCCUGCAGAGCCUGCUACAUCUCCAGUCCCUUCUCCUGAACCAGAAAAAGAGAAGGAAACGCCUUCUCGGGGAGAGCGCUCCAAACCUUCAAAAGGAAGACGGGCAUCAGAAUCCCAGCAGAGUAAGCCCCAGUCUCCUCAGGAAGGAAAAAGAAAGAAAGGUGAUCCUUCACUCAAAAGAAAAGGUUCUCCUAGAGGAAAAUCAGCAGGAGUAAAAGCACCAGUAAAGACUGAGGCCUCAGAACUACAACUCACUCCAGUAAAGCCGCCACCACCUAAACCAGGAUCAGACGAUUGGAUCUAUGUGAACGAACCGAUUCCUGAGGAAAUAUGUUCAUUUUUAGUACCUUACUGGCAACUAAUAGAAAAUUCUUAUAUAGACAAUGUCAAAAUAGUACUCAGGCAUCUGAGAGAAGAUCAACACACUAUUCUUGCUUACUUCUACGACAUUAGAACAAAUUUCCAGCAAUUUUUAAGACGUCCAGAUUACAAGCAAGAUUUUGUAUCUCAAUGGCAGGCUGAUUUCAACUCUCUUCCUGAUGACUUGUGGGAUGAUGAGGAGACAAAGUGUGAACUACACCAGAGAGUAAAUGAUUUACGGGACCGCCUUUGGGACAUCUGUGAUGCCCGUAAGGAAGAGGCUGAGCAGGAGUGUACGGAUAUCAUCAAUGAGAGCUGGCUGCAGGACAUGAUCGAGCUCACAACAAACCAUUUCUUCUCACUGAUGCAGGCAGAACUGAACCGUUUCCAAGAUACAAAGAGAUUCCUUCAGGAUUACUACAGGGGAAUGGAAGGCAAAAUUCCAGUGGAAGACAAUAAGAAAUUUAUUCGAGUCCCAUUGAUUCAAGGAGACAACAAAGACCUUGCAGAAAGCCAGGUUAGAAUUCCUCUAGUUCCUCGAGUAUCCAUUUCUCCAGAUUCAAUUCAACCCAAACCCAAAACAAAAAUUGAGUUCGCUCUAGAAAGUGUAGAGACAAGCUAUGAAUCAGAUGAGAAGCUGAUAACAGACACGUGGCAGCAGGUCUCUUUAGCAGUGUCUCAGAUGGUGGCUGCUGAAAUUCAUCAAAGAUUGGAAGAAGAAAAAGAAAGCCUGCAGGUCGACCAGAAAGAAAAACCUCCCCCAGUGACUAUGAAUAAAAAAGGCAAAAAAGAGUCACCCAAAUUAAAAAAGGAAGAGAAAAAAGGAAAAGGUAAACCAGUUGCUUCAGCUGAACACUCUCCUAUAAUAUUAUCAGCAGAGGAAAUGGCUGAAAUGGAAAAGAGAAAUGAACUGAGGUCCAAAAUAAAGGAAGAACAUUUUGCUUCCCUGCAAAUUGAAGAGGCAAAUACAUUAUUCCGACUUCAACUAAUAAAGACAAAAGCCUUGGGCUUCCUUCGAGAUUUAACAACAAAGGCGGUUAAUAUGUAUAAGCAAAUGGAGCAUUGGCUUGGUCAAAGGUACCUGAAAGAAAUGGCCAGUGUGGAAAAAUUAACUGAAGUAGCUCGCUACCACAUUGAAACCUCUACAAGAAUUCAGAAUGAACUGUACUUAGGCCAAGAAGAUUUCUUCAUCGAUGGCAACAUAAAAGUCUUUCCAGAUCCCCCUCCGCCAAAACGUCCUCCACCUGUUGAAAAGGAGGAAAAUAUCACCCUGACCAUUAAACAGCUAGACAAUCUUCGGAAUCAGUUCUUAAGCAUCGCACCUAAAGCCAUGAUAGGAAGUAAAGACUUCACUGAUAUAUUGCUUGAUUCCAUCAACCUGAACCUUGGCUCAAACAAUGUCCCUAACAGUUGGAUGCACCUCACUCAACCUGAAUUGCAGGAAUUGACAUGUUCAUUAACUGUGAACUCUGAGUUUGUGGACUGGCGGAAGUUCCUCUUAGCAACCUCGAUGCCUUGGCCCAUGCCCUCGGAAGAAGAGCUCCUGGAGACCCUGAAGAGAUUUAAGGCUGCGGAUGUGGAGCAGUCAGGCACUGUUACUUUGCAGCAGUAUGAGCAGGCUGGUCUGUGGUUUGUGGGAGAAGAAGAUGUAAAAAUUCCAGAAGAUCCUCUUGAACCUUUGCCCUUCAGUAGGCAAAAGCAUCUCAUAGAGUUCUUUUUUAGGCUAUUUGCUGACUAUGAGAAGGACCCACCACUGCUGGACUACACAGAGAUGCUGCUUUAUUUUGCUUGCCAUCCAAACCCCAUAGAAGGGGUCUACAGGGCUCUUAGUGUGGCCAUUGGAACUCAUGUCUUCCCACCAGUCAAAACUGGUGUUGCUGCUGAAAAGGUUUCCUCCUCUACCCAUGUAAAUGCAACUGAGCAAUAUUCUGAACUUAAUGAAAAAAAUAUAAAUGAUGAGAGACAAUUAAAAGAGGCAAGGGAGGGAAAAGAAAGUGAAAUCUCCGAACAUGCAAACAUGGAAAAGAUUUCCAUAGACACAUUGCUCAAGGUUUUCCGAGGAGGAAGUGAAGCACAAGACUCUAACAGAUUUGGCAACCACCCAAGGAAGAGGAACAUUUAUUUAGAGAGCUUCAAAAAAACAUUUCAUGACCUAGGUGCCAAGAAUCUGGAGCCAAUUGAAGUUGCUGUUCUUUUGAAACAUCCUUUUAUUCAAGACCUGAUUUUAACUUAUCCAGAUUAUAAAAUUCCUGAUAUUAAAACAAUUUUCCAAAGGAGUUUACAUGCACAAGGAAGUGACGGAGAGAGUUCUCCUUCAAGACUUACAGAGGAAAAGAAAUGAAGACCAAAAUAUAUGAUAUUUUAAAUUCUGGCAAUGAAUCUUCCAAACACCAAAUAUGAACAUG